AACGGUGGAAUCAAUUUACCUCUGUCAAAACCCCUAAUUCUACCUGAAUUCGAAAAUUGCUGCUUACUCAAAGAUCCAACAAUCGAUUGGUCAUCGAUGUUUGGGUUACGCGCAGUCGCUUCAAAUGUUGGGGGUCGACUCCUUCAAUCUUUACCGUUUCGUGGGACACGCACCCAAUGCAUCACUAUAAAAGCAGGAAUGGAUAUCCCAGACAACAAGUCCCUUGAGUACGCCCUUCCAUACAUACAUGGCAUAGGUAGAGCCAGGGCUCGCCACAUCCUAUCUGAGCUCCACAUGGACAACAAACUUGCCAGGGACUUGACUAAAAGAGAAAUUGUUGCUCUUGGUGAUGAACUCUCCAAGUACAUAAUUGGAAGGGAACUGGCAGCAGUUGUUGAGAAAGAUGUUAGACGAAUGAUAGACAUCCAGUCCUACAGAGGGAUAAGGCAUAAUGAUGGGUUGCCAUGCCGAGGACAGCGCACCAAGACCAAUGCCAGGACCAGGAAAGCUGGUAAGCGGAUUCCUUCUGGAGUAAGGAACAAAUAGCCACUUCUUUCGGUGUUGUUAGUGAAUAUCAGAAUUCAGCCGGGGGUUUUCAAAAGGAGCUCAGUAUGGAUGCAAUAUUUGACUGCUUUUACAAUUUUUGAUGUUUCAAGUCAUUCUUGUUGGCAUUUUACCAAGCAUGUUAAAAAUAAGAAAGCUUCAUGUUCCUCUUUCUGUUUGAGUUUUGGAAGUUGGAUUUUUAAUC